UGAGACCAGGUUGAGGAAUCACGUUGACUCUAUGCACAACAUUUAUAUAUGCAACAUUCGAAAACGUUUGGUGACUAAACGUGGCCCUGUUCAUUAUUCCGUGGGCGGGGAAAAGAGCACCUCGGCUACGGUGUAUUCAAGACAAAGGGAAGUCGCUUCAACAGGGAAGUAGUUUAACUUACUUCUUAUAGCCUAAGAGAAAUUGCUACUUCGAUCAAGAAAAGCUUAUUUGGAAGACGAUUAUUUACCUGGACGAAGGCUUUCACGGAAGAAAAAACAAACAAACAAUGAAACAGGUGUGGAGCUAUGGUGUACUGUUCCUACUGCUCGCGGUACUGGUCCGCGGUCAGUUCGACGAAGCGAAACAAGGAUGCGCUUGGGAUGAGGACACCAACCCCGACCAAGGUCUUGACCCAAAAUCCCUUGAAGCUGGAGCCAGACAUUUGGCUCCCUUGCCGGAGAUAUCAGACAGCAAGGGGUGUCAGGACGCGUGCUGCGGCAACCAGGACUGUCAGCUCGCUUUGAUUGGAACCCCAGCGGAUGGAACACCGGAGUGUUUUCUCGUCAGCUGCAUGAAAGAUGGAAAGGACGUCUGCGUGUUACAGUCCGAUACACAGUUCAAGGUCUACCGCAAAAAGACUCAGCCCAAGACAACAAAAGUCGAAGUUGACGCUCUUAGUGAAGCUGUUGUCCCCAGGGAAGUCAACUCAACAGCUGCCAGUUCUGAGGAUCCUGCCAGUUCUAAGGAUCUCCUUCCCAAGAUGACGUCAGAUGACUUUAUCGAGCUGUGCAAGGCCGGUCCAGAAACGGGGCCGUGCCGCGCCUCCCUCCGCCACUACUACUACGACAGCUCCACCGGCGCAUGCCAGCCCUUCACCUACGGCGGCUGCCUUGGCAACAAGAACAACUAUGAUACCGCCGAGAGGUGCCUCGCCACCUGCACAGUGACCGUCAUCCCUGGCUCUAAGGGAAGGAAAGGGUCUGGUGCAAACAAACCUACAGAUGACAAGCGCAUUGAAUAUAAAGAUGCUUGCAUGGUGGCCUCGGACUCGGGCCCUUGCCGUGCUGCCUUCACUAUGUUCUACUUUGACCACAGCACUAGCUCCUGCCAGCAUUUCAUCUACGGUGGCUGCAAAGGAAACAACAACCGUUACCUCACACUGGACGAAUGCAUGGCCCGGUGCACUGGAGAGGACGGCGAGCAUGGGCAACACAAUGGCCGUAACCGCAUGACACCAGCAUUCUUCCUGGUGGCUACCUUGGCAGCGAUUUCAGCCCUGAUCCUGGUGGGUCUGAUCCUCAUCACCAUCCGGCGCACCAGGCUGCAGCAUGACCACCGCCGGCUCAGCGACAAGGAGGACCUGCUCCCCUACGAGCAGCUGUCUGAGGAACAGCUGUCUGAGGAACAGCUGCCUGAGGAAGAGCUCCCCAAAGUGGCCACCGCACCAUAAGGAGGGAGCCCCCCCCCUCGCCAUGGAGACACUCACCUUACUCCACUGUAACUUUCCAUUCUAAAUAUCACUGACCCAGAAUGCCUGCAUCUGCUGAUUUGUCAAGGGAUUCAUAUACAAUGGGAAAGUGUUAAUUGUGGCUUUUUGUCCGAUUAGCCACUACUAAUUACUUAGAUAUAUUGAACACCCCUCUCGGGUGUUUAGGCCAGGGUGUGACGUUUUAGUGAGUUUUAGACUGUGCGUGACAUUUUCAGAUCGUAGUGAAUUUCUGCUGCUGUCAUUUUUACUUUUGUUUAUUUAAAAGGCUGAAAUUUUGACGGGCAGUCUCCCGGUCACAGAUUAAGCCUAAUCCUGGAGUAAAAAACAACCUCAAUGGAGAAUCUCCAUUUAAAAUGCUUUUUAGUCCAGGAUUAGGCACGUCAAUGUGUGUCCAGGGAACCUCACCUGAAUGUGGUUUUAAAACCCUUUGUGACCUUUGCUUUAGUUAAUGAACGAACUGCUAUACUAUGCACUCUUUUACCUGUGAGAAGUUAUUUUGUACGCCGAUAUUCAGUGGCAAAAUUGCCUUUUUAAAUCAAAAUAUAAUAAAGUAAAUUUUAAUGAAUGAAUACAUAUGUAAUGCAACAUGUUUUACUUACAAUUUUAAAUCUUAAACGUGUCAUGGAUGACAUAUUCUUCACGACUUACACUAAUACCAAACACUUAUCUCCUCCAUAUUGAAUGUAAAUAUUCAGUGGCUUUAUUGUGGGCUUUGCUGUUCUACUUGUAAUUCAGCAGAGGGAUGGACGAUGUCAACAGUGUAUUAACUCUGUAUUAACUACUGAAUGCAUUUAAUAAAUAAAAUAUACUGGUACGUUUUU